AUGGUAAAACAAGCCAAUGUUAUUGUCGGUGAAGCCAGACCUGGCGAAACUGCUCCUCGUAGAAAUUUUAGAGUUCCUGAUGGUCCUGUCAUCAAGCCCUUGGAUUCAAAGGCUGUCACUUUAUACGAUUUAAUUCAAGAAUGUUUAAGCAGAAAUCCAAACAACAAUUGCAUGGGCUGGAGAACUUUAAUUGACAUCCACGAAGAGAAAAAAUUCGUCACUAAAAAAAACAAUGGAAAAGACACUCAAGUCGAAAAAACUUGGUUAUACUACGAAUUGGGCUCCUACAACUACAUCACCAAAACUCAAUUAAAUGAAAUCAUCCACAACUACUCAAAGGGUUUGGUUAAACUAGGCAUCCAGCCAAAUGGUCAAGAAAAACUUCACAUUUUCGCCACAACCUCUCAAAAAUGGCUACAAACUUUCUUUGCUGCAAACGCUCAAGCCAUCCCAAUCGUAACCGCUUAUGAUACUCUUGGUGAAGAAGGUUUAAUCCACUCCCUAAUCGAAACUGAAUCUUCGGCUAUCUUCAUAAAUAACCUACUCUUCCCAAAACUAAUCAACCCUCUAAAGGUCGCUAAGAACGUCAGAUACAUAAUACAUGAUGAGCCAAUCGACCCAAACGAUAAAAGACAAAAUGGAAAAUUUUUCUCAAUCCCAAAUGACGCCAAACAAAAAAUCCAAGAACUAAGACCUGACAUCCAAUUCAUAACCUACGACCAAGUCAUCCAAUUGGGCAAAGACAACUUCGACUCAAUUCCUCCAAACCCACCAAAACCACAGGACGUUGCCUGUGUUAUGUACACCUCAGGCUCAACUGGCGUUCCAAAGGGUGUCAUCCUCACCCACUGCAACAUAUUAGCUGGUAUUGGUGGUUUAUCAAUCAUUAUGGACAGAAACCAAAUUAACGAUAAAGAUAGAAUCAUUGCUUUCCUACCUCUUGCCCACAUCUUUGAACUAAUGUUUGAAAUUAUUUCCUUCUGGUGGGGCGGUAUCCUUGGUUAUGGUGGCGUUAAAACUCUAACAGACCUAUCCCUAAGAAAUUGUCAGGGAGACUUGAAGGAAUUCAAACCAACUGUCAUGGUCGCUGUUGCUGCUGUUUGGGAGGCCAUCAGAAAGGGUAUUCUCGUUCAAAUCAAAAAAUUGCCACCUUUGUCUCAAAAGAUCUUCUGGACUGCAUACAAGAGCAAACUAUUCAUGAAAAAUAAUCACAUCCCAUUAUCUGGUAUCUUCGACGUCAUCUUUAAAAAAAUCAAAGCUGCUACUGGUGGUCAAUUGAGACAAAUUUUGAAUGGUGGUUCUCCAAUCUCGGUUGAAACUCAGAUUUUUAUCAGUAACCUAAUCGCCCCCCUCUUAAUCGGUUACGGACUCACUGAAACUGUUGCUCAAACCUGUGUCCUUGCUCCUUUUGCCUUUGAAUACGAUGUCGCAGGCAUGUUAACUGGUUCAAUUACCGUCAAACUAAGAGAUGUUCCUGAAUUGGGCUAUUUCGCUAAAGACGACCAAGGUGAAGUUCUUAUCUCAGGUGCCCCCGUUACUCCAGGUUAUUUAAACAACGAUAAAGAAAACAAGGAAUCAUUCACGGAAGAUGGUUGGUUUUGUACUGGUGAUAUUGCUGAAUGGACUAAAACUGGCCAAUUGAAGGUCAUUGACCGUAAAAAAAAUCUAGUUAAAACUGCAAAUGGUGAAUACAUUGCUCUAGAAAAACUUGAAUCAACUUAUAGAACCAAUUCACUUGUGGCUAACAUCUGCUGUUAUGCUGAUCAAACAAAAGUUAAGCCCAUUGCUUUGGUUGUUCCAAAUGAACCUCAAUUAAAGAAAUUGGCCGUUGAAUUAGGUUUGUAUGAAUCUGAAGAUGAUGUUGAAUUUCAUUCCGUGGUUCAUGAUAAAAAAUUGAAAAACGCUAUUACAAAAGAUUUAAUUAAAACUGGUUCCUCCUUAGGUUUGGCUGGUAUUGAAUUAAUCAUAGGUGUUGUUUUAGUCGAUGAAGAAUGGACUCCUGAAAAUAACAUGCUUUCUGCCGCUCAUAAAUUACAAAGAAAGGCAAUUGUUGAUAGUUGUAAAGCUGAAAUCGAGGAUGUUUACAAUAGUAAUUAA